AGUAUCCUAUCGGGCAAUAGUGGGCAGUGGCAGUAGCUUGUUUGCACUCCCCGCACUCUCCAUUCGGCUACAAUUGUGUUUCACACAGUCUGACUUCGUUGUUAUGACUGUUAACUUUGGAAUUUAUUAGAAGUACCACCGGAUAUUGAAGAUAUCUUCUUUUUAUUAUGGCUUUGUGAAAUUUUGAAAUGGACCAAAUGAAAAAGGCCCUAGGUCCUGUUAAGAAAAUGGCAAAACGCCUCUCUGGAGAACAUCUUGGGGAAUCAGUCAUUGCCAAUGCCUACUCCAAGCUGAAGAAUGAAUGUAUGAAGGUUCUUGGGGAAGAACAGCCACAGCCUUUAGUUGUUAACAAAGAGGGCAUUAAAUACCUUCCUACUCCUAACAAAUCUCCUAAUGACAAAAAGGAAUAUAGAACUGUUUUGUUACCAAAUGGCCUGACAGCUUUGCUCGUAUCUGAUGUGAAUAAUUUAGUUACUCUUGCACCUGAGGAUUGUAGUUUAGAGAGAGCUGUCGAUACAAAUGAAUCUGAAGAUGAAGCAAUGAGUGAAGAGGAAGAUGAAGAGGAAGAGUCAGAAAAUGAAAUGGAUGACUCAGAGGUGGAAGGUGCAAAGAAACCAAGCAGUCCAGAAGAAAAAUUGGCUGCUGUUUCCCUGACAGUUGGCGUUGGUAGCUUCAGUGAUCCUCCUAAUAUACCAGGUCUGGCCCACUUUUUAGAGCACAUGGUUUUUAUGGGCAGUGAAAAAUUCUCUGGGGAAAAUGAUUUUGAUGAUUUUGUGAAAAGGCAUGGUGGAUAUGAUAAUGCAUCCACUGAGUGUGAAGCCACCAAUUUCUACUUUGAAUGCCAAGAAAAGAGAUUGUUGCACACAAUGGAUAUGUUUGCCCAAUUCUUUAUAUCCCCCUUGAUGAAAAGAGAAGCAAUGACUCGUGAAAGAGAAGCAAUUGAGUCAGAGUUUCAAAUGGCUGUAACAUCUGAUAGUUACCGAAAACAGCAGCUUGUUGCCCAAAUGGCGUACCCAAGCCAUCCUGCUACGACUUUUACGUGGGGUAAUUUGAAAACACUCCGUGACAGUGUUCCAGAUGAUGAACUUUACGAAGCUGUGCACAAAUUUCGUGCUCGGCAUUACUCUGCACAUAGAAUGACAGUUUCUGUUCAAGCUAGAUUACCUCUUGAUGUACUUGAAGAUUGGGUGUAUGCUUGUUUUUCUCCAAUACCAACAAAUUACUUGCCUCCUGAUGACUUUACAGUGUUCCAAAACCCUGCAUUUGAUCAAAAUCGCUUUUGCAAACUAUACACUGUCAACCCUGUUAAAGAUGUUUGCACUAUGGACUUGACUUGGUUCAUGCCUACACUUCGUCACCAUUACAAAGUGAAGCCUACAGAGUAUGUAUCAUGGUUUCUUGGUCAUGAAGGAAAGGGCAGUCUACUUUCAUUGCUCCGUCAAAAAGUAUGGGCUUUGGAAAUCACCACAGGUGUUACAGAUAGUGACUUUGAUCAUAAUUCACUCUACUGCUUUUUCACAAUGUCUCUUUCGCUUACUGAAGCAGGCCUCAGAAACAUACCGCACAUUAUUGAAGCGGUAUUUGGAUACAUAAAAAUGCUGAAGGAUAAGGGACCCCAGGAAUGGCUCUACAGAGAGAUGCAAUCCAUAGAAGAUGCACGCUUCCGUUUUGAAGAGGAGGCAUCUGCUGGAGACUAUGUGGAGUGGUUGAGUGGAACAAUGCAAAUUUAUCCCCCUCAGGAUUACAUCACUGGAGAGGAUUUGUUUUUCGACUACGAUCCAUCCAUGAUAACUGAAUGCAUGAAUUUUUUCACACUUGAAAAUAUGAACAUCAUGAUCAGUACAAAGAAACCAUUAGAUGGUGUGGAGUUUGACCAGCUGGAACCUUGGUUUGGAACUCAGUACAAUAUGAGAGAUAUACCCACUGAAUGGCUUAAUUUAUGGAGGGUUGCAACCCCAGACCAAAGCUUCUCUCUUCCCGAGCCAAAUAAUUUCAUUACCACAAAUUUUGAUCUACUGGAAGUUGAUAGUGCAACACUUGAGCAAAAAGAACCUGUGAAAAUUUUAGAUAAUGACUACAUGGAAUUGUACCAUAGGCAUGACACAAAGUUCCGUCACCCUAAUGCCUUUUUGUAUAUUCAGCUGGUAUCACCUUUGAACACCCAGUGUCCUUAUCAUUCGGUUCUGAUGGAUAUGUUCCUUAUUACAGUCAAACAGCAAAUGGUUGAAAGCCUUUACCCUGCCCGGUUGGCCCAGCUGAGCUAUGCUACCAUUCCAAAUGAUCGCGGGUUGAAUCUUAGGUGUUGGGGUUUUAGUCAGAAAAUUCCAAUGCUGCUUAAUGUAAUUAUCAAUGCUUUUUGCAAAUUCAAAGAAAAUUUGAAUCCUGUGAUGUUUUCUGCUGUCAAAGAAGAAGUCCGCAAGAGUUACUACAAUGCCCUUCUCAGACCAGAGAAACUCGCAAAGGAUGUGCGGAUGGCAUUACUUCUUCAAACAUACUGGACUCACUGUGAUAAGUACAACACAGUUAAUGAUGUAACUAUGGAAGCUGUGGCUGCCUUUGCUGAUAAAUUUUUGGACCAAUUGUAUGUUCAGUGCCUAGUUCAGGGUAAUGUAUCAAAAGAUGACGCACUGGAAAUAUGUUCAAGCAUUGUGAAUACCCUAAAGUGUAAGCCUCUUCCACCUGAACUUAUUCCCCAAACAAGGGUAAUGCAGAUCCCUCAUGGAGAAAUGUGUUGUCGUGUGAAAUCAUUCAACAACACAGAUACUAACUGUGUAACUACAAACUACUACCAAUCUGGUAAAGCUACAAUCCGUGAUGUGUGCAUUGCUGAAAUGGUAGUCAUGUUGCUGGAGGAACCACUCUUCAACAUUCUGCGAACAAGAGAGCAGCUUGGCUAUGAUGUAUCUGCUCUUACAAGAGACACAUUUGGUAUUCUUGGUUUCUCCAUCACAGUUGUAUCUCAAUUUGAUAGGUUUACAGUUGAUCAUGUGGACUCCAGAAUAGAAGCGUUCCUGCAAACCUUCAUGAAGGAACUGAAAAAGUUGAAAUCUCCUGAAUUUGAUGAGGUUCUUCAAUCUCUCAUUAAGCUCAAACAAUGCACUGAUCUUCACUUAAAAGAAGAAGUUGAUAGAAAUUGGGAAGAGAUAUUAAAUCAGGAUUAUAUUUUUGAUCGCAAAAGUAGGGAAGUCGAGUUUCUGAAAGACUUAAAACCUGCCAUUAUUUAUAAAUGGUUUAAUUCUCAUGUGGCUUGUGGAAACAAAUCGAAUUUCCGGAAGCUCUCUGUUCAAAUUGAAGGGUACAGCAAGUCCUUGAAGGAUGACAGUGCAAGUGUUGACACUAAAGAUCUUGCAACUGAUUCUGAAGAAGUUGAUGAAUGUCAAAGCAGUCAAAGAAAUGUACCGGACAAAUUUGAACUGGAUUUCAUAAAGAUGAGCAGCAUGCAUUCUAAAGAAUAUUUUAUUUCUGAUAUUAAUGCGUACAAAAAGAAUCUAUGUGCCUAUCCUCCACAUAAAGUUGUGGCUUAGCCAUAAUGCUCUGUAAUGGGAAAAUUUUCAAAAUUUUGCUGAAAUUUUUCUGAGAUUUGAUAAAAUACUUUAUGGCUUAAUUUGAUCAGUCUUUGAAUACCAGUUUGCUUUUGACAAAAUGUAAGUGUGUAGUAUUUGCACUCCUAAUCUUUUCUUUUUGAUGUGUGACUUAUAAAAUAAAUAUGAAGGCAAAGUUUACCUAUUUAUUAGCUUUUGUAUUAUCUUUGAUUAACUUUUGGCUCAUUGAAUGUUGUUUCCAUUUAAUACUAUCAUUUACAUGGUUAGUUAUGAGCUUUGAUGUCAGAUACACUUACAUGUGGUCUGCCUUGUUUCUUAUGAAUACCAUUAAAAAUGAAUUGUUAAAAUUUGCAUCUUUUGCAUUUGUUACUCUAUUUUUUAUUAUUGGCUUUAUUAAAAGUGAGCUUUUUACAUUUAUAUGGCAACACUGCAAGUCUUGACACUUCAGAUGUGUUUGCAUACUACAUAUUUUAUGAUAUUCAUCAUCUCCUAAAAUAAAGGCAUGGCUAUGAGAGAAA